AUGACAGCGUCUCAAGCCUGUCAAAACUCGAGUCAGGCAGGCAGUAAGUCUGGAAAGAAAAGCCUUCAAAAAUCAGCGCAGCAACAUUCGUAUGUUGUAGCGGAAGAGAUUGGUCGUUCCGUUGAUACUAAAACCAAGUCUCGGUUUAAUACAUAUGAGAAACAUCUCAGUUUUUUGCUCAUUUCUGACAUUACAGUCAUAUUGCCUUCAAGUCAAAUCGAACGCGAUUUAUUGGAAAUCCCAGAAAACAUUAGGCUAGCAGAUCCCGAGUUUAAUAAACCAGCAGAGAUUAAUGCGCUUAUAGGUGUGCAAAUAUUCUACAAACUUUUAUGUGUAUUGCAAACUGAGAUUCCAGGUCAUGACGCUGUGCUACAAAAGACACAUUUCGGUUGGAUUAUUGCAGGCGAUAUCCAUAAAAAAUGCGCAAGCCCUCUAAAAAGAGGCUUCUAUUCAACAAUGAAUCCUAAUCGCCCUGAAUCCGAUUCCCUUACUCGAUUCUGGAAAAUCGAACAAGUUCCCACUAAGCAAUUUUUCUCAGACGAGGAAAAUGCAUGCGAAUCGCAUUUAAUUGAAAAUACCAAGCGUGACGACAACAGUUUGUGUCUCGUAAAAUUGCCAUUUAAUGAUAAAAAAGAACAUCUCGGGGAUGCUUACAAUAUAGCUGAAAACGGUUCUUCUCUCUAG